ACCUAGCAACCUGGACAACAACAAAUUAAGUAGCUUCUACAACAACUGAAGCAUCCUGGGCGAUUUACAUCGUAACGUUAGCAAAAUAAUGUGAAAAUACAUUUUUCCUAACUGGCAACGGUCCAGCAAAGGUAAUCAUGAGUCAAAAAGGAAACAAUCCCCAGUGUGCAGACGUCCCUGCUCCGUCUGUGUUGUCUGAUAAUCGAGAGGAGAGGAUAGCAGCUCGCCGGCUCCGGAUUGUUGCGCGAAACGAAGCCAAGAAAAGACAGGAACAAGGAGAGGGGUCAAGCAAGGAGGUUGAAGAGAGGGAAGAGGCCAAAAGCCAAGAGCAAGUGGACCGGAGCAAACUGCGUAUUCAGAGGCUGCAGACUGAUGGAACAGAACUGGUGAGCAACAUCCAGGUGGCAGCAGACGCACGCGAAUCACUCAAGAGGGAUGAGCUGGAAGAGGCUCGCAGACUGAGACUGGAGAAGCUGGAGGCGGAGGCAAAGUCCAGCCUGGAGAAGUUUGAGGAGAUCAGUAAGAGAUGGACGGGGGCUAGGCUGCGCGAGAUCCCUCAGGAGCUCAGAGAUGCCCUCAACAGCCAGACGCAGCUCUGUGCCACCCUCAUAGAGGACAAGAACAAACUCAUCAAUGAACUGCAGCAGGAGCUGAAGGUGUCUGAUGACAGGUACGUGAGAGACCUGAAGCGGCAGGCGGAUGAGGUGGACCUUAUGGUGGAGAGGAUGGAGGACCAGGUCAAGACUCUCCUCAUCUCCUACAGAGAGGAGAUUAAGGAGAUAGAGGGCUCGUUCAACCAGGAGCAUAAAGCUCUGAUGGAGGGAAAUCUUCAGAAAUGGGAAAAGCUGAGGAAAGACAGAGGAGAUAAAGAGGCAGAGAGUCUGUCUCAGAGGAUCGGUCGGGUGGAGGAGUUUGAGGCGCUGCUCCAGAAGCUCAGGGUGGAGGAUGCAGAGGAGUACAACAUGAUCAAGACCAAGCUGGAGACAGACGUGCAGGUCCUGCAGCAGCAGCUGCAGCAGAUGAAGGCCACGUACCAGCUGAACCAGGAGAAGCUGGAGUACAACUACCAGGUGCUGAAGAAGCGUGACGAGGAGAACACCAUCACCAAGUCCCAGCAGAAGAGGAAGAUCACCAGAUUGCAGGACGUCCUGAACAACCUGAAGAUCAAAUUGAGCAAUCAGGAGAAGCAGAGUCGGGAGGAGAACCAAUCACAGACUGAGGAAUACAGACGCAUCAUGCAUCAAUACAAACACAUGCAAAAGAAGAAGAGGCGUUUUGCAGUCAUGGACGCUCAGAAGUUUGAGGAGGUGUGGCGCAUGAAUGAGGAGGAGGUGAAGGCUCUGGUUGGCCGAGCCCUGGAGAUUGACAGGCUCAUCUACCAACAGCAGCUAGGCCUGGAGUGGACCCCGCCCCCUCUGCCUUUCAUGCAGCGCAGUGGACCAAUCAGAGCCCAGCGCCAGGCCCGGAGUUCUGCCCUCCAGGCGGCCAAGAGCAUGCUGGGAAGGGACGGCGAAGAGGAGGAGGAGGGGGAUGAUGGGAAGGUGGAUGAGGAAGAGUCCCCGACCACGACGGCGGCUGAGGAGGGGAAGAGCAGUGAGGCAGGUGUUGGCGCAGGAAGUGAUGCGAUCACAACAGGAAGUGGGGUGGAAAAGCCCAGGAAAGUGUCUCAGAAGACGGUGAAGAGACUGCUGGAGUUGCUGUGUGAUGAAGCGGGCUUCCUAAUUGAGAAUAAACUGCUGAAACUCCUCUCUCCGCUGGAGAAAAAUGAACAGUGCCUCAUGAAGCUGGACUCCAUCUUCUCUGCCAUGGGCAUUGACAAUGAAGAGGACGUCUACCAGCUUGCAGAAUUCUUUGUGAAGUUCAAGCAACAGCAGCAGCAGCAGCAGCAGCAGCAGCAAGAAGAGGAGGAAGAGGGAGGUGCCAGUGGUGUCAGUGAUCUGGCUGACAGUAUAGAGGGAGAAGACCUCAUCCAUCCUAAUGACAUCCUUAUGGCUCUCAAAGCCUUCACCGCACAGCACCACCGAAUCAGGGACUCACAGGCUGCUCAGAGGGGCAGUGAGAGCUUGGUGUCAUGUGACGUGUGUGAGGAUGUCCAGUACUGGGAGAGCAUGGCCCAAGUCAUCAGCCCCACCAAGCUCACCGUCUGGACCUCACUAGAGAAGGCCCUGGACAAAUACUACACCGUGCUGACAGAUAGGUCCAAGCUGCUGGUCGACACCCAAAAACUCAGACAACAAAACUCAGAACUCAAAAUGCUGCUUCAUCAAUACGUCAACUCCAAGGUGAAUGCCGAGCUGGAGAUCCCACCCGCUCAGGUAAUACAGAUCGCCAGGAAUGAUGUCAUCAACAACCAAUCCAUGUCGAGGACUAUGAAGCGCUGACAGACAAAUAAAUCUGCAUUUAAAUGCAAUCUGUGCUCAUUGGAUGAAACUCUAGAUGGAAACAUAUAUUUUGAUGUCUUACAAUGUAAUAAACACUGAGCAUGUUACAAUGGUA